AGUGUUCGUCCGGCACCGUUGGCCGCCGAUCGUCUGCCGAAGCACGUACCUAACAGUUAUAUUAUUAUUACGGUAUCCGGUAGUUAAACGAGUAACAAUAACCACAGUGUUCUCACACGGGACCCGACUUUGUUUUGCGUUCCGCUUCCGAGUCGGCCACAACGCUAUCCACAGUAUCGUUAUCUGCGGCGGCGGCGCCUGGACAUGUGCGACCCCAGUGAUCCCGGUUAAACUCGACACACACGCCGGCGUGCGCCCACCCGACCGCGACAGAUCAACGGCUGACCAUAGCUGCUGUCCACGCGUACACAGGGUGACCGUAGACGUGAUGCCUGCGGUCAGCGAGUCGUGCCGUUCGAAUUGAAACCCGGCGAAUGGGACUAUGGGAAUUUGUCUGGACACAGACAAAAUUCCCGAUGACGAGCAUUUUAAAAACGGUUCCAAAGAUAGACACAAUUGGGAAGCAGACGAUAUCGACGAUACAAACAGAAAUGAUACUGGAAUGUUUGCGUACACAAACGGCCAUGUGAAAUUUGACACACCAAAAGUUCCAGUAAUUUUUGUACUCGGUGGACCUGGAAGUGGCAAGGUCACGCACUGCGACAACUUGAUGAUAGAAAAGCGCGGUAUUGUGCAUAUUAACAUGACCGACUUACUACAACAAUACACUGUUGGAAACGAUAUGGAAGACUUCAGCAAACUCUCCAGUAAAACUGUCACUGAAGUAUUGAUGUUGGAGUUGAAAAUGUCUCCUGCAGCCAAAACGUUUUUGGUAUCGGGAUUCCCAAGAAAUAUGCGUGAUGUAGUUGAAUACACAAAUAAGAUCAAAGUCGUAAAUGGAGUUAUUCUGAUAUCGUGGAAUCAAAACGUGCUGGAACGGCAAAUCGAUUACGGUGCAAAGUUAGGGCAUGUCGUCUUGAGUCUGGCCAGGAUGGAGUUGAACAACUUCUACAAAAACGUUACUCCAGUGUCGGACUUUUACGACCAGAGGGGAAUGCUCAUUUCGGUGAAUGGCGAGCGGAGUCCGACGGAAGUGUAUAAUGACUUCCGGUCCUCGGUACUGCAAAUAUUGAGCGCCCACAAGAGUCCGGCGCCAGUAGCAGUGGCCAACGGUACCGUGCCCGUGGACAACCAGGGUACCGGACAACCGGAAGUAGACGUCGAGCGCCCGAGCAGCCACCGCACCAUCGAUCUCGUGCCGGAACCACGGGCCAUGGACCUCGUCUCGGAACCGGAAACGUUUCCGCGAACCAUUUGCGUUGUGGGUGGCCCCGGCAGCAACAAGAGUUCAUUGUGCCAAAAAGUGCUCAGGGCCAACGCCGGUUGGGGGCACGUUAGCGUUGGACCUUUAAUGAGGUCACUGGCAUCGUCCUUAGAUCCGCUACAAGAGACGAUCAGCAGUGGACAUAUCCUUGAAGAGUCGAUCGUUCACGAAAUAUUAGAUAAAGAGUUACUCAAGUAUAAAAAUGCAGAGGGUAUCGUGAUCGAUGGUUAUCCAAGAAAUAUUGGACAGCUCAACUAUUUUGAAAAAAAGUAUGCUCAACGGCCGAAGUUGAUACUAUUGGAUUGCUCAAAGUUGCAGUUAGGUCGCGGAAGGCUAGACGACAGCGUGUCGGCGUUUCGCCGGCGUCUGCAGAGUUUUCGCGAACAAACUCUACCGAUGCUCAAGGCACUGGAUAAAGACAACCGCUUAGCCGUAGUGGACGGUAACACAGACGACAAGCGAGUACAAGAUACGUUCAUCGGCACGCUGGUGGAGACGAUGAAGGGCGAGAACUUUCCAGUUUUCCACCGGGACGACGACGACCACGGUGUCGACGUCGACACCGAUAUCCGUCAAGUCAACCAGGAAAAGCGAACUACGGCGGCAGAACACGCGGUUUCUGGGCCGGCGGUUCCGCGUCAAAACGGUCAUUUACCGAACGAGACCAAUGAAGACAACAACAUUCGGGGACAGAAUUUGCGUUACGAUGUGCGGAACAUGUACGCUCAAAUAGGAUCAUAUGCAAACGAACCCACGCUGUAAAACGUUUAAACACUUUAAAUCGUUUCGUAAACGGACAUUUAUUAUUGUAUAAUCAAUUGUAUAAAUAUACGCCCAACCUUCGUAGGUAUUAUUAUGAUAUAGAGAUGCUUAUUAUUUAAGUCAUGGGCGUGCUCGUUGGGUUGUGUGUCGCUCUGGCGCAGCGCUGGUUCCGAGCAGUACGAUAAUAAUAAAAUUAUAAGCAUAUCACCUAUUUUCCUCAUCACGACACGGAUAAACGAAUAUGCAUGGGAUAAAAUAGUGACGUUCUCGUUUGUCAUCCGAUCGAGUAAAAUUUCGUCAAGUAUCAAGACAUAUCGAGCAAAUCAUGGGUUGUGGGCUAAAUGCGAACUGUGUCACUGCGCCGAUUGUACGGCUGUAAAUACUAUAAUAAUGUCCACGGGAUACGUGUACAUCAGGGGCGUCUUCGAGAAGUGGGAAAAGUGGGCAGUCCCACCCCCCGCAUACCAUGUAGGUUUUCAAAAAAUAAAUUCUUAGUUUUCAAAGUUAAUUUUUCUGUAACUGAAUUUUUUUAAUUUACAUUAAUAGUAGGUACUAAUAAAAUUGUAUAUGAAUGAUUCAAACUGAUUACUAGGUAAUUAAGUUAAAUGUUUAAGUUAACAUUAUAUUUUGUUCCUUAAUAUUAUGAGGUUAAAAUUGUCUAUCCGUAACCUCUUGAGAAGACGUAGAGUGCUAGAGUCCUGCUCGCACGUGUUGUCGAAUUAACGCACAACAUAUCAAAUUUUAAGUUCAGAAUAAUCCAUUUUGCUCUGUUGUUUCUAAUGUUUGAGUAAUUUUACCUAAUUGAAAAGUAAAAAUAUUACUUAUGAGGACGCUACACGGUAAUUUGUUGUCUCCGUCUUACAAUUGCAAAACAUGGCAAAUUUACGCUCAGCAGAACACGUUAAACUCCGUCAGUUUAAAAAUUUGAGUGAAUCGACCUAUUAGGAAACCGAAUGGUAAGAAUAUUAUCUGUGUUUGUAUGUGAUUUUUUUACGACUGUUCAAUUGUUUAGCAAGUUAUGCGUAUAUAAUAUUAAUAUAGCGUAAAUUAAAAAUGUUUAUAACUCACUUUAAAACUGAAUUAUCGUACAGAACCCACAUGCAAACAGUCUUACCAUUAAGUUUCUUAAUAGGUCGAUUCACUCAAAUUUUUAAACUAACGGAAUGUGCUGAGCGUAAAUUUGCUAUAACGCACUUGUAAGACGGAGACAACAAAUAUCUGUGUAGCGUCCUCUUAAGGCCCUUAUUAGUAUUUUUUUGAUAAUUAAAUUUUAUAACAAGUUAUGAGCAUUUUUAAGCAAUGCAUUUUUUUAAACUAAUAAAAUACUUAUAACUUGGGCCAAAAUGUGUAUGCACUAUAAAAUCAUGAAAUAAGUUCUUAAAAAAAUGCGUUUAUGCCAAUAAAAUGGAUAAAUAUGCCCAUAAAACCUUAUUUUAUAAAAAAAAAUCAUUAUGAAAUUGACUUAAAAUUAAUAUCAAACAAUUCAAAGCAAUGUUCCUAUUUUAAUUGUUAUUAUUAUUUCCUUAACCAAUUUGUUUUUAAAUAUUAUCAGUAUACUAUCAUUUAUUAAGGGAUAGUAGACUUUAAUAAUUUAUACUACACUAUUUAUCAAGAUUAUAAGACAAUACGUUAUUAUCUGACCCAUAAAUAAACAAAAGAAAAAAUAAUUUUUUUGACAUUUGAGUUAAAUAUGAUAAAUAAAAUACAUGAUAGGUUAUUUUCAAUUAAGAAUUAAAAGACCAAAUGCGAAGUUAAAAUUAUAAAAUAUGCUCUAAAAAAAUCGUAUUUCGAAUCACACAUAUUUUUUGCUUGGCAUACAAUAUACACGACCAACUAGAAAAAAUAUGUGAAUACAUACAAAUUUGAGUCGUAACUUACUUAAAAGUCAUAAGAGGUACAAAAAAUGACUUUGAUCUACUAACACUAAAUAAUAAUCUUACGUUUAACUUUAAUAGAAGGUGAAUAUAAAACAACAGGGUAAUAUUUUGAACGUAAAAUAUGCCAUGUCCAAGACCGAGAUAACACAUGAGGAUACAACUCCCUUUAAAAGAUAUUUAUAAAAAUAAAGCAAUAAGCAAUAAGCAAUAUAAUAAUAAAUAUAAUAUUAUGCAAAGACUGAGUUUGUACAUUUAGUUCCAACCCCUCCCUUAAAAAUGUACGCCUAAGGACGCCCCUGAUGUACUGGUGUGCGGAUGUGUCUGUCGAUAUAAAACUCAUCUAUUUGUAGUCUUUUCGCCUUGAUAAUUAAUAUGUUUAUCACUUUUCAUUUGAUAAACAUUGGAGAACAUUCAUAUUUCAAUUAUAUUUUAAUCUCGAUAUUUUCAAAAUCAAUAAUUCUACCUAAGCCUUAUAAAUAAGACAUUCACUAAAUCCAUAAAAAAAUGUCAGGUGCAGCGAAGGCGGAGUACCGUUUGCUGCACACCCGUUCGCACGCCUAUCAUGCUAUGAGAAAUAAAUUAUUGUCAUCCGUCGCGUGCCAUUGCGAUGCAUCGAAAAAUGCAUUCGGAACGACUGUCGAAGGGUACCGACUUCGGAAAUCAAAUCUCUAACAAAACAACUAAGUACUAAUAAUAAUAAUAAUAACAAUGAUAAUAGAAAACCUAAGAAUAUUAUAAUAUUUUAUUUUUGUUUCGUCUGUGUUAAUUAUAAGUUUUAUUUUUUCUACGAAUGCGAUAACAUUGAAUAACUGGUGUACAAAUAAAAUUGAUGAGUAAUGAUCAAAUCAUUUGUAUAUUAUCAUGUACUUUUGAUAUGUUUUUAUUGUUAAAUUCUACUUGAAUAAAA